UUUUGAAUAUUUUUCACUUUUCUUAAUUUUUCAAAUAAAUAGUCAAUUACUGGAGUGAUAUGGCAAUAUAAUCAUCGAAACGUGACUAAUAUCAACAUAAUGUUUCAUGGCUACAUGUCUGCUGCAGAAAAUAUAUAUGUUGGUGUGGUCGGAUCAAUUUUCUGAAACGAAGCUGUCUUCUGUGGAAGAAAAUGCUACGAAUUGUCAUGGCAACAGUAAAAAACAAACUUCCACUAGGUGGGUCAACAAGGAAAAUCAAUGCUAAGCCUCCACGUCCUCCCAGGGCGAAGUCCACUAAUGCAAGCCCAAGUAAUACGCAAACCAGGACGUUUAAAACAGCGACUACGACCACAGCUGGUGGUAAACCAAAGGCCAGUCUUCCAAGAGUAAACUCAGAAUCAUCGUUGAAUGACAGAUUAAAAAAUCUAUCAAUAAACGACAGAACCCAGUCUAAAAAUAAAUCUAAUAGUAAAUCAAGCAGCACAACUAGGAAGUACUCCACUAAUGCUGUUACCUGUCAUAACCUAGAAGACGUGGCCAGGUACAUCACCAGCAAACGAGCAAAAAAUAUUGUUGUCAUGGCAGGUGCGGGAAUAUCCACCCCUAGUGGCAUACCAGAUUUCAGGACACCUGGAACAGGACUGUAUGAUAACCUAAAGAAGUACAGCAUACCCUACCCAGAGGCAAUAUUUGAUAUAGACUAUUUCCACCGCAACCCAAGACCAUUUUUCGAGCUUGCUAAGGAGUUAUACCCAGGGAAAUACCAGCCAAAUUACGUGCAUUAUUUUGUUAGGAUGUUAUAUGAGAAAGGAUUGCUUUUGAGAAUGUAUACACAAAAUAUAGAUGGUCUUGAAGGACUGGCAGGGAUACCUCCAGAGAAGAUAGUUUCUGCUCAUGGGUCAUUUCUGACUGCUUCUUGUGUGCAAUGCAGCUUUCCCCACAAAGGGGAGGAGAUAAGGGACACUAUCUAUGCAGGCAAGCUACCAAAGUGUAAGAGGAGAGGUUGUAUGGGCAUUGUCAAGCCAGACAUUGUAUUCUUUGGGGAAGAUCUGCCUAAGAGGUUCUACUAUUACCUGAAGGAUUUCCCUCUAGCUGAUCUGCUUAUAGUUAUGGGCACAUCAUUAGAGGUGGAGCCAUUUGCUGGCAUUGUGGACUCCACAAGAAUGUAUGUGCCAAGGCUACUAUUCAAUAUGAAAGCUGUUGGUCCAUUCGCUAAGAGGAAACGCAUGAAUGACGUCAUAGCUGAAGGGGACCUGGUGGGAAAUGUUAAGAGAUUUGCCAAAAUACUUGGCUGGAAGACUUCCAUGGAGCAGCUCGUUCAGGAGUCACAAAAACAGGUGCAAGAUCCUCUCCCAAAUAGCAAAGCUCCACCUCUUAACUUGCAGAAGAACCAAGCUAUAGAGAUGAAAAUUAAGCCCGCAAUAACAGAGGAUGACCCUGUGAAAACUAAUGACAAUCCUGCAACAAGCAAGCCAGGGGCUGUGGUAAAUAAUGGAGAGGCUGUGAUAAAAGGUGCAAAUACAUGUACAAUUGAGAACCAUAAUCGUUCAAAGCAAUCUCCGAGUCCAUCAUCGGACAAGAGUAAAAACUCAAGUUUUGCAGGACUCAGUAGGCCAAAACAAAAUUAUCAUACAUUUAGUGCAAAUUCAAGCAUGACCGUUAAUCCUAGUCACAGUAGUAUACGUACCCUCCCUUCACCAAAAAAGACGACACCACCCCCGAGGGUGGGGAUAUCCCAUGGAGGUAUAGGCUACAGGGGAACACGAAAGGUGGUGGAGUCAAGUAGUGAUGAUGAUACAUCUGAUGAUGAGUCCUCAGAUAGCACCGGCUGAGGGUUAGAUAAAUCAAAUGUGGUGGAAUGAGGGGUUUAAUGAAGGGGUUGCCACUGUUCAGGCCUGUAGCCAGCUGUUGUUAAGUGAGUCACUCUUCAAAAAAUUCCAGGGGGUACACAUGGAAAGCGUCAUGAUUUUUAACUAAUUUUUGUCCAGGGAGAUUCUCAAAUCCCCCAAAUCCUCUUUGCAACGGCCUGGUAGCAGAUGACAAAAAAAAGGAUUGUUGUCAACUGACUGAUAACUAAGAAUACUGUUUCAAGUCGUUUUCUGAGCUUACAAUACAUUGUACUUAUAUACAAUAGAUCC